AUGGUGUACCGCCGGAAGCAGGGCGCUACCGACGAUCGCCGGAGCUCCUAUCCACAGGGUGCCGCUUCAACAUACAGUUACACAUCAAUCAAAAGCAUAAAUGAGCCCAAGCUUGGAUUGUGGCAAACUUUGGCAAGGAAAGCCAAGGGGAUUCUUGAUGAGGACGUUGUGGCGCAUAAGUUUGAGGACUAUAGGAAAGACCAGCCCCGUAGCAAUGCCGGUGCCGGUGCAUCCAGUGGAGAUCAGGGCUAUCAGGCCCCUCAGUCUCGUUGGUCAUUUGAUAACCACCGGAAGACAGGAGAGGCUGCAUCUCGAAUCAGGUCGGAGGUUCUUUCUGCUUCUAUCAACCAGCUUAGUGGAAGAAUCAGAAAUGCUUUGGAAGAAGGACUCACAAUUGUGGAUAAUAAGACAUCCAGUAUCAUUGAGGAAACAAAGAAAAUUCAAAUUCGAAGGAAGCACACCAGUUCAAGUUCUUAUAUGCCAAAUUCAGCAGUAGAUACACUCAGCGCUCCUAAUCUCUCAUUGGAUAAAGCUGAAUCUGCAGGCCAGGAGACCCAAUUGAAAGCUUCCCGUGACGUAAGGUGCCACAUGCUUAUAUCUUGAUGACAAGUAUGUUAUUUCACCUCGUGAUUAUGGAAAGCUCAAUGCGGAGAAACUAGAUUUUCUUGUACAUGGGAAAAACCUGCAACAUUUAGUGUGGUCCGUCAAUUGUCAGUUCAACAUCUAAGUACAGGUUUUCUAAUUUCGUGAAAUGUGUACAUCAUGAAUUUUCAGUACAAAUAAAGGAAAACAUUAGGAUAUUUGUUUUUCUGCUGAGAUAUAUUUUUAGUUCCAUUGCCCUUUACUAAGUUGUAAGUUCUUGGUUAUGGGUUUAAUGGUUGUCUGUGUGGUUGAGAAUAGCACUUUGGAGAGUGGGGUUAUACUUUUUUUCAUAUAACAUAAACAUUGUUUC